GAUAGUGUUUUUCCGUAACCCAUUUCUCCUCCUUUAUUGGCCCAGAGAUCACACUAUUAUUGGGUGGGGUGAUAUCUAAUGUGUCCCUCGUUUUCUCAUUCCCCUUCACUAUGUCCAACACGUACGUCCUGCUGGGUGUUCUGUACCUGGUACAGGGAUUCCCUUAUGGGCUUCAGUCUGGCCUCCUCCCAGUCCUGCUGAGAACUAAAGGGCUGUCUCUGUCCCACAUUGGACUGACCAGAAUCCUCUACUUACCAUGGCUGCUCAAGGUGCUUUGGUCUCCAUUGAUAGACAGACACUGGAGCCGCAGGACAUGGUUGUUGCUCAGUAACGGAGGGUUGUCCAUCUGUUGCCUUCUGUGCUCCCUGCUGCCUCCUGGAGCCGACUUCUCACUCCUUGCCUGGCUCCUCUUCCUCAUGCACGUGAUGUCCUCCCUGCAGGAUGUGGUAGUAGAUGCCGUGGCAGUGGCAGCUCUGACCCAGGAGCAGGUGGGGCUGGGAAAUUCUCUCCAAGUGGUGGCCUAUAAGUUGGGCUCAGUUAUUGCAGGAGGGGGAGCCCUGACUGUACUAGAGCUCGUUGGCUGGAGAACGGUCUUCCUGCUGCUGACAUUGGGGUAUGUGCUGGCCACGCUCUGUGCUUUAUCUACAGGAGCCAUUCAGAGCCCAAAUCCAGAACAUCCAAAAGACCAGAAAAAGCCACUGAACAGGACAAAGCUGAGAGAUUUGGUUGGAAAAGUGUUUCAAGUGCCCGGCACAUCAUGGGCUGCUGUCUACGUCCUUAUCUACAAACUUGGGGAGCAGGGAUCUCUGAGUAUGGUUCCUCUGUUGCUAUUGGACCACGGAGUUUCUCCAGCUGAGCUCGGGCUCUGGAACGGCAUUGUCUCACUGGGACUCUCUAUUGCUGGCUCUGCCCUUGGUGGGGCUUUGCUUUCCCAGGGCAGGUCUCUGCUAAUGGUAUUGAGGGCACUUUUAUCUCUGCGGCUCCUCUGUCUUGUGUGUCAGACACUCCUUCUUUCAGCAAUGGGUGCCAGUGCCCCAGACAGCACCCCGAUUAUGGGAGAUAGCAGCACUCUGAAUGGCCUGGUGCUUCUUACCCUGGUGGUGCAACAUUUCAUGGCUGGAGUCAUCACCACGCUCACAUUCAGCCUCAUGAUGCACUGCACCCGGCAAGCUCAGCACCAUGUUCAGGCCUCUCACUACAGCCUCCUCUCCUCCGCUGAGGUUCUGGGAAAGGUUCUCUUUGGAGCAGUUUCAGGGAUUGCUGUUGACUCUCUGGGGGUGUCCCUGUCCUUCUGUGUGUUCAUCUGCCUGUCCUGUUUGCCCCUGCUCCACCUGCACCGAGUCCCCCUCUUCCUGGACUGAGCCCCCGGCACAGAGACUUACUGGCACAACCACAAACCUACUGGGCCAGGACAUUACUCCACAUGAACUUGCACCCAUUCCACAUGAUUUGGGGGGCAGUGAGCUCUCAGUACAACUGUACAACAUGAUUUUGGAGGUGUGGAGAGAUGUUCUUAUAAAUCACAGUAUAACUAAUGCCAAAAUCCAAACUGCAAGCUGCACAUUCCCCUUAAACUGGGGCUUACACCAUAUUCCAAUAAACAUUGUUUCCCCUUUCA